UUCAUGUUGGACACUCAGUGUUCUCCAAAGACGCCAAACAGCAAGGACGGCUUUGAACACGCUCAGUCCUGCGUCCUCAUCAUCGAGAUGCCGUCCGACCAGCAGUCCAACGGACACGCUCAGAAGAGGAAAAUUGGGAUUCCGUUCCGCACCAUCGUGGUGAGUCUUCUGUCUCAUCAGGUUCUGCUGCAGAACCUCUGCGACAUCCUCCUGGAGGAGUUCGUCAAACAGCCCGAGGGUCACGACAGGGUCACGCCUGUGACCUCUGACCCCAGCAGACCCACGGCCGGCUUCCUGCGCUACAUCUCCAUGACGAAUUUAGCCAUAAUCUUGGACCUGCUGCUGGACUCUUACAGGACGGCGCGGGACUUUGACACCCGCCCGGGUCUGAAGUACCUGCUCAUGAAGGUGUCGGGUGUUUGUGGAGCAGCGAAUCUUUACCGUCAGUCUGCCAUGAGCUUCAACCUGUACUUCCAGGCUCUGCUGAGCGCCACCCUCAGUCAGGCCGACGGUAUGACGGCUCAGCAGGUGAAGAGGAUUCUGCACGAGGAAGAGGAGGGUAGCUCCGACUCCUCUCGCCCCGGAUCUGCGUCUUCAGAGGACGAAGACAUCUUCGAGGAAACGGCACAGGUCAGUCCUCCUCGCGGCCGGGACAAACGUCACCCGUGGCGAGCGCCCAUCCCGUCGCUCAGCGUGCAGCCGCUGGGCAGCGCCGACUGGGCGUGGCUGGUGAAACGUCUCUACAAACUGUGCAUGGAUCUGUGCAACAGCUACAUCCAGAUGCACCGCGACCUGGAGAGCACGCUGGAGGAGGCGGCGCUGCUGAGAGGAGGGGGAGGAGACCACAUCUUCUUCCUGCCUCUCUUCCAAUCAGAGACUUCUACCCCGACGUCAGUGGGCGGGGUUUCAGCAAGGGAGACACCGUCGGAGGAAGGCGGGAACAGGUGUCAGGUUGCGGACGCGAGCGUGGCAUCACCAGGAGACACGCCCACGCAGAGUCCAGGAUUCAGCUGCACAGGAAGUUUGCCGCAUCACUUCCGGACCGGAGGAGAGCGAAGGGACUCCGGCAUCACAGCGAGCUCAUUAGGAGGCGAAGUGGGUUCGGGCAGGAGAAAGGAAUGGUGGGAAAAAGCCGGGAACAAACUUUACACCAUCGCCACCGACAAAACCAUCAGCAAACUGAUGAUGGAGUACAAACGCAGGAAGCAGCAGCAGCAGCAGCAGCAGCAGCAGAGCCACGUCAACCUGUUCAUGAAAGAGCAGGGCCGCACCGCCGCAGGGGGAGGGGGCAUGGGGGAGAGGAGGGGGCCCGCGGAGCCGCAGAGGGCCCCUCAGAGGCCCCAGCAGCUGGUGGACCAGCAGGGGCCGCCACUGAGGCACUCAGUCAGCGCAGGACCUGAAGUCCUGAGGCAGGAGAAGAGGCCGAGGUCUGGAUCCACCAUCAGCUCCCACAGCAUCUCACUGAGAGACUCCGAGGCUCAGAUCCAGGCGUGGACCAACAUGGUCCUGACUCUCCUCAACCAGACGCUCCUCCUGACCGACACCUCCUUCCUGGCGCUCCAGGCGGCGCUCUACCCCUGCCUCAGCCAGCUCUCCUGCCACAUCACUGACGCCCGGGUCCGCCAGGCGCUGCGUGAGUGGCUGGGCCGCGUUGGCCGACUCUAUGACAUCACUGUGUGACGCUGCGGCGAAGGAAUGAGACGAAGUGAAGGACGUAAACACACAAAACACAAAUCAGAGCGUUGCAGUCGGACGCUGUUUACCGCCGUCUUGUGGCGCCAUCGUUGUGGUCGUGUGGAUUGUAAGGCAGACUGUGACAUCAUCAGAUCUUUGAAAGAUGAUUGGCAGCUUGUGAAGACACAGUGACACGUGUGGCAUGAGAUGAUCUGAUUGGCCGAUGGUUUGUGAAUGUAACAGAUGAACGGAGACUUUACUGUGCAGUGGAUUCUGGGUCCUGUAGUUCACAUGCACACGUCAUGUUUCAUGUUCAGGCUUUUUUCCGCUUCUUGUUUGCUCGGCCGCUGUCUGUGGUCGUCAGGCGUGUGCGUCGCCCUCGUGCACAUGGAAACCACAGAUGAAGAACCACAGGAGAUGAAAACAUCACAGUGAACCUUCAGGAGGAUCUGAUCUUCAUUGGUUUAUUUUAUAAAUUGGCAUGAGCAGGUUUCAUUACAUUGUCAGGGAACAGAAAUCGUUAGUGACGUUGUUUGUACUUCGCUCGCCCGCUUUAAGAGGCAGAGCUGUUGCUUGUUACCGUGACGACACUCAGAUGUUCUGUCUCUUCUAACGUCCUCUUUAGAACUUUGACCACGACAUAGAUGUCGUCUUUAACUUCUGUCAGAUCAUGUGACCAUAGUAGUGGCUUCUGGGUAACACGUCGUCUUCAUAUUCUACGCCUCACUGUUUCAUACGUGUCAGAGGAGAUAAAGUCUGAAACUUGUGACUCCACACAGAAUGUAAAUACACGCCAUGACAUCCCAAAUAUGUUAAUUAGCUUAUUACAUCACCUGGACAUUCAGCGACUGGUCACUGAACAUUUGGUUUCUGAGUCUUCAUCUGCGUCUGGGUCACAUGAUGGUGAAAGAGAAAACACUUCAGAGUGAGGCAUCUUUACAUGUGUUGCACUCUUGAGGAUCUUUGAACUCGUCUCAUUCACGUCAUCAGUUCGUUUGAUUAAGAUAUUUAUUCUACACGUGUGUAUACGUGAACGAGUGAAUGAGUGAACGAGUGAGUGAGUGAACGAGUGAGUGAGU